CCCACGAAACUUACGAUUUCCUCAUCUCUCAUCUCUCUGCAAAAGACAUUUCUGCCCCCUCUCUGUCUCUCUGCGAAAAUGGCGGAUUUCGGUGACCCAAAGGAGCACGCUCCAUCAUCAAUCUCGUUCGUUGAUUUCCCAGAAGAUGUCCAGCUCUCGAUCCUGUCCUUCCUUUCACUUCCCGAAAUCUCCUCAUUCUCUCUUACAUGCAAGCGCUUCCUCCACCUCGCCCGCCCCACCUCGCAGAUUUGGUACUCCCUCUGCCACCGCCGCUGGAGCACCAAAACCCAUAUACACGCAUGGGGCAACGGCCAGAUCUCCUUCCACCUCCUCUACAAAACCCUCUCCCGCUACGAAGAUCUCAUCGGCUUCUGGCGCCGCGUCUUUGCCAACUCUCCCUCCCCAGCUGCGGCGGGCCCACCGCUCGUCUUCUUUGAGUGGGGCCCGUCCUACAUCACCGGCUACAGGAUCUCCCCCUCGAGAUCCAACGGCUACAUCAUCACCAAGACGCCAUUUAUCUGGAUGGGCAUCUCGUCCCAAGGCGAGCACGUGAAUUUCAUCGGAUCGCCAUCUGCGGCAGGCGAAUUCGCCCGGGCGGCCCAGUUGGGGUUUUCGGACGACCCUGAUUUGGUCCCCGUCAAUGUCUGCUUUGUCGGGAAGAAUCACGUGGUUUUUGAGGAGAAUCAAGGUUACUGUCGGAGGGACGAUUCAGGAAUUACGGAGGACGGUGUGGGUAGAGAGGGUUCGCCAUCAUCGUCAUCGCUGGGUGGGAGCCCGCCGGAUCGUGUGAUGUCGGAGAUUUAUCAGUAUUUUGCGAACCGGACGAGCCCCAGCGGGGAUAGAGCUUCUAGAAGGCAGCGGAAGAAGGACAGAGCGCGGCAGGGGAAAAGGAGAUGGGAGUCGGAGCAUUACUUGAAGAUUGUGAAUUGCAGUCCGACACCAUCACGGCCUUUGCAGGGGCUUUGGAAGGGGAUCUGUGAUGACACGAGCUUGGAUUUUUAUCUUGUGGCAUAUGAUGACAUUGGCGGGAUUGCUUGCCGGAGGGUCGGGGACUCAUCUGAGCCUUUCUCUGGCUACUCCCCCGUCUUCUGGACAUCAAACACUACAUUUAUCGAGUCUCCAUUCUCUAGCAAAGAAGAAGAUAUAUACGGCUGCCGCAUUCAUAUCCGGCCCCAUGCUACCAAUCAGAUUAGUGGGUCCCACCCUUUUAUGAAGAAUGAAGUUGUUGCACGGGUUCUUCACAUCAAUUCAAGUUACGAUCUGGUGAUCCCAGACCUUACAAACUCUACUGCCAACGAUCUACAUGUCGAGGGUAGGAUUUGGCAGUAUCGGGAUGGGACUUUUGGAUUUGGAUUUCUUAGGAACAAUUUGAUCAUAGACUUGAAGCAUAUUGCUCAGAAUGGUCAGCUUCUAGAUACAGUAUAAUAUUGUAGUAUUGAUCUUAGAUUACUAAUCUCUUACUCGGAGAUUAUCAAUGUACAGAACAUCAUUCUUGUAUUUAAGUACUUGCCAUCCAUCAUGCAGUAUGGUAAUGUAACUUAGGCUAGAUGUUGGAAACAAAUGUUCAUUUCCUAUGAUCAUUAGUGUCGGGGUGAAUUUUUUUU